AGAUGGCGGGAAAACACAAACCUAAAUUCUGACCAAGUCCAUCGAGCACGUCAGAGAGAGAUGGCGGAGGCGGAGAAAGAGACUGUGGUGACUGAAAAGGUGGUGGCGGAAGCAGAAGAGCUGCCGAAGGCUAUCGUGCGCCGGCUGGUAAAGGAUAAGCUAUCCCAGCUCUCAUCCGAUUCCGAAAUCUCAGUUUUCCGCGAGGCACUCGAAGCCUUCUCUGACAGCGCUCGUAUCUUCAUCCACUAUCUCUCCGCCACUGCGAAUGACAUUUGUAAGGAGUCAAAGAGACAAACAAUCAACGCGGAAGAUGUAUUUAAGGCGCUGGAAGAGAUAGAAUUUUCAGAGUACGUUGGGCCCCUAAGAGCUUCUCUUGAAGAUUUUAGGAAAAAGAAUGGUGGAAAGAGAUCUCUAUCCUCAAAGACGAAGGAGACCAAUAAAAAAGCUAAAAAGAAAGAUCUACCUUCAGGAAGUGAGACUCAAAAUAAAGAUGAUGAAAAUGAAAGUAAUAAAGAGGACAAUGCGGACUGAACAGAAUAUUCCUAUCACUAUCACUGGAUUAGGAGCAUCAUACUUAGCAUUGAUUUUUCUGUUCUGUUCUAGUCUAAAGAGUACAUUGCAUUUGAAUUUUGUAAAAGAAAUUUUCAGAUUUGGUCAGGAGAAUGUUCGUAGUAUAUUUUAAUGAGCCUGCAUGCACGUUGUUCUUCAGUAUCUCAAUGGUAGAGUGAUCAGCUGAAAAUUUAGUAUUUGUUUCCACCAUAAUUAUCUUCAACUUGUAACAUUCCAUCUUUAUUCUUUGAUUUGAAAUGCUUCUGCUAGUUUGCAUUAUUUCGUAUCA